CAUCCUGAUGGUAUAUUGUUCGCCUCUGUUUGUUUAGGACAGCAUAUUUCGAAUUCCUAUGGAAUCUGUAGCACAUAAGUGAAAAAAAAUAUUUGUCCAGCUAUUAAAUGCCCCGUUAUGUAUUUUAAAAUAGGCACAAGAUGCAGUAUUGGUUUUUUGACUGUAUACUGUUAUGUUUGAUCAGGAAAAGCUUUAAGAAGGCAACUUUCAAGAUGUUGCAGCAGUUGGAUUUUUUUUCUAAGUAGUCACAUUAGUCAAUAUGUGGAGGUAUUUGGUUUUGUUUUGUGUCAUUUCGAGGGUGCAGUGUGGUUUUUUCGAUUUGACUGAUGUGGACGACCCCUUAGCUCUUUUUUGGAAUACCAAACAAACGUUGGAAGUCAAAGGAACCUGCACAGUGACAAAUAAAGAUGGGGGAAGUACAGAGGGAAAAUGUAUACAUGCCACAAAGUGCUUGUUCACCGGAGGCACCAGUAAUGGUUUUUGUGGUCUAGGAGGGACUUGUUGUACCUACAAAAGAGGUUGCAACAGAGAAACGAAAGAAAAAGUGUCCUACUUCAGCGGUACUUAUGAAGGAAUAAAGAAUUACAUUCAAUCUAAUAUGUGCACAUAUAAAGUCAAUCUUCUGCCCAACACAUGCCAGGUCAGGUUGGAUUUUGAACACAUGGUCUUCAAUCCACCGCUUUGGAAUGAGAAAUCGACGUCCUACAAAUGUACUGGUGAUUCGUUAACUGUAUUACCUAACUAUUACAAUAUUCCGAUCCUUUGUGGGAACAACAACAAGCAACAUGCCUACAUCCAUCUGAACAGAUCGAUUGAUAGCGCUGUGACACUGAGUAUCGCCUUAGCUGACAGAAGCAAUUCCAAAGAGCGAUUCGAGGUGUCCAAUCCAUCUUGGAAUAUCAAAGUAACGCAGUUGGAGUGUGAAGCCAAGGUGGACGUGUUUCAUCAUAACGAGAAGUCCUUGAAGGAUGAUUUGCUUAUGUUAGCACCCCUUGGAGCCAUCCAAUAUUUCACACAGAUGUCUGGCAACUUCAGAUCCUUUGGACUCGAUGAAAAUGUCGUAUCUGACACAGCUAUCGACUAUUCGAAAGAUCCCUAUGUCUAUAUCAACAAUUUGGCUUAUGCCAUCGCCUUCAAGCGAUAUCCGAGUAUUUGUGGUGUGAGAUUAACACCGCUCUAUAUGACUUUCUCCGACGAUGCAGGGGCUAAAUGCGACAAGGAUUAUAUUUUCGCCCCAGAGGCGACCGAUGAUUCAAAAUGGUGUGACGGCAAGGAAGUAUCUAUUUUUCCGCCUGGUCCUCUCUAUAUUUACUUCACAUCUCCGUCGACCUACACAAGCCAACAUACGAAGACAUGGGGAUUCAACAUCGACUAUCAUCUAGAAUCUUGCUCAUCACAACUCAACAAGAUAAACUGAAGAAUGAAAUAAUCUCAUAUUUAUUUUUUCACAAAUAUAUGAACUAACUUAUUUAUUUUAAUAAAAUUUGAAGUAUA